AUGAGCAAUCCUUUCUUUGUGGACGACGAUCUCCCAAACGCGCGCGCCGUGGAACCCCCGCGCGCGAGAGCGAACGUGGACGACAUCGUGAAUGAAUUUGCGAGCGCGCACAUGGGGGAGCGAAGAGUGGACGCUCAGGUGAUGUCGUCGAGCGAGGAGUAUGGAGUUUCCGGCGGGGCGAGAGCGCCCGCGCGGACGGACUCGGUGAGCGGGACGCGACGACGAGAGAAAGAGGUCAGUGCGGAGGAGCGGAUCAACGAGACGGCGUCGGCGGUAAUUCAAGCCGGUGGAGCGAGCGCGGGAUCGACCGAGGCGUUCGUUGGGAGCUCGCACGACGCUGCGUUUAGCGACCGACUGGCAGUCGCCACGGCGAAGAUCGCCAUGCUCGCGGCGCAGUUGAAGGCGAAGACGGAAACGGCACGACAACAGCGAGAGCAAGAAAAACAAUUUCGCGGUGGUAAAGAGUUGUUGCGUCAGUUGCAGGACGCGGCCGGAAGCCAACACGCCACUAGAGUGCCGAGUAUGAUUUCGGUCCAGUCGCUUCGGCGAGGCGAAGCUCCGGAAGUCCGUGACGGCAAGGUGACGAAAAGUUUAGGGUACAAGAUCAGUGCCGCGUCGCGGCGGACGUCGCAGCGCCUCCUUCAAAACUUUGGAAGCGCGGAGAAAACUGAUGACCAACAGUUCAAGGGAUUGUGGUCUUGCGUGCAAGAGCAGGAGCGAAUCUUACAAGAAAUUUGCGCCGUGGGCGCGGCGUAUAAAGAGGCGCAGCGCAACGUUUUCACCCACAGCAAACGCCUCGCCGAGCUUGUUCGACAGUUGGUGGAGUCAGGCGAUAAGAACAACACGUGGGAAGGCGCUCCGAGGCUUGCUCGAGAAGCGGCGCUCCGUGAGGCGUGUAGCAUGGUUGACGUUGCAGACGCACUCGUGACGCGAUGCACGCCACUGAACGAGGAAGUUUUCGAUUGGAACAUCAUCGACCCGACGCUUCAUCGUCGUCAAGCCAUACCGGGAUACAAGGCGUGCGUAGCGAAAAGAACGGACUAUAAGGUGGACAUGGACGCUUUCGACCGGCAACUUGCCGCGAUGAAGAAAAAGCCACCAAAGAACGUCGACGACCUCUCGGUGAAAGAGGAGCAAGCCAGACUCGCGAGACAGAGAUUCAACGAUUUCAACUCUAGGUUAACGGAAGAGCUCGCGAUCGUGGAUGGCCUACGAUACGAGAUGGCUUACUCACUCGUGCGCGGAUUCGCGAACGUGCAAUGUUUCAACCUCGAGCGGCAGCUCGACAUCGCUCGCGCACUUCGCGGAAGCCCCUCAAAUUAG